AUGGAGGAGAAGAGGGUGUUGGCUGAGUGGAAGAUCGUUUCACAGAUAAGUGUUCAUUCCUUUUCGUUCAAAUAUCUCCACAGCCCUGUUCUUGUAAGAGAACUCCUUGCUGUUGCUAAUUUGACGUAUCAAUGAGUUUCGGUAAAGAUUAGGGUACAGUACAUCUCUUACGUACCCGAGACUUUGGCGGCAAGCCUUCACAUUCACAUACGGACAAUGGUUGUCCCCUCUCCCCUGUUUUCUCUUUUCCUUUCGCUAACAUUUUUCUCUCAUAGAAGAUAUCUCAUGACCUCUUCUUACGUUUCGGAAUUGUUCUGGUUAUAUGUUAAUCUUUUCGCCUGCACUAAUCGCCUAACUUGCUGUGGCUAGGCUAACACUUUUGAUGAAUGUUGACAGUCAGGUCCUCAUCUCAAAUUCCAAAUUCUUGGCUACGCUACCUCCAGAUGUCAAUAGUUCUAAUUGCCGCAUGUGUCAGUGGUUCACGGAUGGCGGCGGAACUACUGUAGUGCCCGCAACUAGUUGUUACAUGGCGAUCCGAGAUCUCGGACGACGACGAGCUGACAACAAUGGAAAUGGCUAUAGACUACAAGCCAUUGAGCGUUUUGCUUUUGAGCUUUUGUGUUGA